GGACGUCCGGCUUGCGGGCGGAAAUUCCUCAGUUCCGCGCGGUGAAAGAACGAUUUAAAAAUGGGUGAUGUUGAGAAGGGCAAGAAGAUUUUUGUUCAGAAGUGUGCCCAGUGCCAUACGGUGGAAAAGGGAGGCAAGCACAAGACUGGGCCAAAUCUCCAUGGUCUGUUUGGGCGAAAGACAGGUCAGGCCGUUGGAUUCUCUUACACAGAUGCCAACAAGAACAAAGGCAUCACCUGGGGAGAGGAGACACUGAUGGAGUACUUGGAGAAUCCCAAGAAGUACAUCCCUGGAACAAAAAUGAUCUUCGCUGGCAUUAAGAAGAAGGGAGAAAGGGCAGACUUGAUAGCUUAUCUCAAAAAAGCUACUAAUGAGUAAUAGUUGGCCACUGCCUUAUUUAUUACAAAACAGAAAUGUCUCAUGACUUUUUUAUGUGUACCAUAUUUAAAUCAGUCUUAUACACUAGAAUUCAGAUCAUGAAUGGCUGAUGGAAUAUUUCUGUUGGACAGACCUGAUUUAAAUAAGAUUGGCUUGUGAGUAAAUGAA